UUUAGGAUUUUGAUUUCAGAUGUUGUAGUUUGUUAUUGAUUAUGUCGAAUCUGUUUAGGAUUUUGAUUUUGAUUUUAGGAUUUUGAUUUCAGAUGAAUCUAAAUUUUGAUUGUUUGAACCCUAGAUUUUGAUUUUGAUUUUAGGAUUUUGAUUAUGUCGAACUCUUAAAAGAGAUUCAUUAACUAGCUAAGACAAUAUCAUGAAACAUAUAGUCCAUCCAGUUGAAAAAAUUCAGUAAGAUUUACCUUUGGAUUUUUUUCUUUGUCUACCAUGAUUGCUAGGCAACCCUGCAGUAGAAGCAAGAACUUAAUAGACACACAUAUGCCACAUAUAUGACAGAAAAAACAACUAAUUUAGUCUUUUGGAACCUUGAAGAAAUCUUCGCUGACAUCUUACAGUCUGAACUCAGCCCAUAGAACAGUAGAGGAUGUAGAACUUGGACCAGACUGGGACCAGAAAGCCAACAGCCUGCUGCGUAAACAUUUUGGGUACUCCGGGUUGAAAAGUUUUCAAAUGGAAGCUCUUGGUGCUUGGUUUUCUCAGCAAGACUGUCUUGUUCUUGCAGCAACAUGGUCUGGGAAAUCUCUGUGCUUUCAGCUACCUGCGCUUUUGACAAGGAAGGUCGUGGUCGUGAUUUCUCCAUUGAUAAGCUUGAUGCAUGACCAGUGCUUAAAGCUAUCAAAACAUGGCAUCUCUGCAUGUUUCCUUGGAUCAGGACAACCAGAUAACACCGUUGAGAAGAAAGCAAUGAACGGCAUGUAUUCCGUUGUAUACGUUUGCCUCGAAACACUGCUUAGCUUUCACUGUCUGAUGAGGUGUAUAAUGCAUACUAAUAAGUCCACUUCAGAGGCUUGCGGAGAACCGUGGAAUAGCUUUAUUUGCCAUCGAUGAAGUACAUUGUGUUUCAAAAUGGGGACAUGACUUUAGACCUGAU